AGAAGAUCUCGUAUCUUUAAUGUAAACCAGAAAAGUUGAGCAGAUCGUCCUUCGUUGCUCAGACUGGCGCCAGGACGAGACAAAAAUGUCGCUAGGAGCGGAGAGAAGGAUGGAAAACCGGCUGAGACAACUGGAAGCCAUGAUCAAAGACCCGCGGUCUGCGAUCAACUUGGAAAGUUUGCUGGACUCCAUGAAUGCCCUGGUUUUAGAUCUGGACUUUCCGGCCUUACGUAAAAAUAAAAACAUCGAGAAUUUCUUGAACAGAUAUGAGAAAGUCAUGAACCAUAUAAGGGAGCUCCAGAUGAGGCCAGAGGAUUUUGACAGAGUGAAGGUGAUUGGUAGAGGAGCAUUCGGGGAAGUCCAGCUGGUUAGGCAUAAGGCCUCUCAGAAAGUGUACGCCAUGAAGGUGCUCAGCAAGUUCGAAAUGAUCAAACGCUCAGAUUCUGCCUUCUUCUGGGAGGAACGGGACAUCAUGGCGUUUGCAGACAGCCCAUGGGUCGUACAGCUGUGCUGUGCGUUCCAGGAUGACCGCUCUCUCUACAUGGUAAUGGAGUACAUGCCAGGUGGAGAUCUAGUCAAUCUCACCAGCACAUAUGAUGUCCCAGAGAAGUGGGCAAAGUUUUACACAGCAGAGGUGGUGUUGGCUUUAGACGCUAUUCACUCCAUGGGCUUCAUUCAUCGAGACGUCAAACCAGACAACAUGCUGCUGGACCGCUACGGACACCUCAAACUGGCAGACUUCGGGACCUGCAUGAAAAUGGAUGGGACAGGGAUGGUUCAUUGUGACACCGCUGUAGGAACCCCAGACUACAUUUCGCCGGAGGUUUUGAAGUCUCAGGGAGGAGACGGAUACUAUGGUCGCGAGUGUGACUGGUGGUCAGUGGGAGUGUUUAUCUACGAGAUGCUGGUUGGUGAUACACCGUUCUACGCUGAUUCUCUUGUGGGGACAUACAGCAAGAUUAUGGACCAUAAGAACUCUCUCAACUUCCCUGAUGAUGUUGAGAUCUCUCAAGAAGGCAAAAACAUUAUCUGUGCCUUCCUUACUGACAGGGAGGUUCGCCUGGGUCGAAGUGGUGUAGAAGAAAUUAAAAGACAUCCUUUCUUUAGAAAUGACCAGUGGACCUUCAGCACUAUUAGAGAGACUGCAGCUCCUGUGGUUCCAGAGCUGAGCAGUGACAUAGACACCAGUAAUUUUGAUGAAAUUGAGGAGGAUAAAGGAGAAGUGGAGACCUUUCCCACACCUAAAGCCUUUGUUGGGAAUCAGCUGCCCUUUGUGGGAUUCACCUACUUCAAAGAGAACCAGUUGUUGAAUGCUGUGAACAGUUCAGCAAUGAAAAAUGACCACCCAGUAUCUAACAGAGAGGACAAUUUAGCCCUCCAGAAGAAGCUUCACUGUCUAGAAGAGCAGCUCAACAAUGAAAUGCAGGCCAAAGAUGAGUUGGAGCAGAAAUACAGAAGCAACAGUAACCGCCUGGAAAAGAUCACCAAAGAGCUCGAUGAAGAGAUGAAUAGCAGGAAAGGUCUGGAGUCGACCCUGAGACAGCUGGAGAGAGAGAAGGCUCUGCUGCAGCACAAGAGUGUGGAGAGUCACCGCAGGGCCGAGAGCGAGGCCGACCGCAAACGCUGCCUGGAGAAUGAAGUCAAUAGUCUGAGGGAUCAGCUGGAUGAAAUGAAGAAGAAGAACCAGAACUCGCACAUCUCCAACGAGAAGAACAUCCACCUGCAGAAACAGCUGGAUGAGGCUAAUGCUUUACUGCGGGCAGAAUCUGAGGUGGCCACACGGAUGCGUAAAACUCAGACGGAGAGCUCCAAACAGCUGCAGCAGCUGGAGGCGCAUGUAAGAGAACUGCAGGACAAAUGCUGCAUGCUGGAGAACAGUAAGCUCACGCUGGAGAGGGAGAACAUCAGCCUGCAGGCCGCACUGGACACAGAGAAACGAGAGCAGACACAGGGAUCCGAGACCAUCUCUGAUCUACAGGCACGAAUCACUGGUAUGGAGGAUGAGGUGAGGCAAAUGAGGCAGGCCCUAUCUAAGGCUGAGACGGAAAAAAGGCAACUUCAGGAGAAGCUCACAGAUAUGGAGAAGGAGAAGAGCAAUAACCAAAUUGACAUGACCUAUAAGCUGAAGAUGUUGCAGCAGGGUUUGGAGCAGGAGGAGGCAGCACACAAGGCCACUAAAGCUCGACUCGCUGACAAAAACAUGAUCAGCGAGUCCAUCGAAGGAGCCAAAUCUGAAGCUGUAAAGGAGCUGGAGCAAAAGCUGCAGGAGGAACGUUCCUCUAAACAGCGUGUGGAGAACAGGGUGUUAGAACUGGAGAAGAAGAACUCCAUGCUCGACUGUGACUAUAAACAAUCGCUCCAAAAACUAGAGGAACUGCGGCGACACAAGGAGAGACUCACAGAAGAGGUGAAGAAUCUGAACCUGAAGAUUGAACAAGAGGUUCAGAAACGCACUUUGACUCAGAAUGACCUGAAGGUUCAGAACCAGCAGCUCAGCACCCUGAGAACAUCAGAGAAACAGCUCAAACAGGAGAUCAACCACAUUCUAGAAAUUAAACGCAGCCUGGAAAAACAAAACAUGGAACUGCGCAAGGAACGUCAGGAUUCUGAUGGGCAGAUGAAGGAACUGCAGGAUCAGUUGGAAGCAGAGCAGUAUUUCUCUACGCUGUAUAAGACACAAGUGCGAGAGCUGAAGGAGGAGUGUGAGGAGAAAAAUAAACUUUAUAAAGACGUGCAGCAGAAUCUACAGGAGCUGCAGGAGGAAAGGGAUUCACUUGCGGCCCAGUUGGAGAUCACACUAACCAAAGCAGACUCUGAGCAGCUGGCACGCUCUAUUGCGGAGGAGCAGUAUUCAGACCUAGAGAAAGAGAAGAUCAUGAAGGAGCUGGAGAUCAAGGAGAUGAUGGCCAGACACCGACAGGAGCUCGCUGAGAAAGACACCACCAUCAGCUCCUUAGAGGAAGCCAAUCGCACAUUGACCAGUGAUGUGGCAAACCUGGCCAAUGAGAAGGAAGAAUUCAACAACAAGCUGAAGGAGGCAGAGGACUACCUGCAGAAUCUGAAGAAUGAAGAGCAAUCCAUCACUCAGGUCAAGCUAGCGCUGGAGAAACAACUGCAGUCAGAGAGAACCCUCAAAACACAGGCGGUGAACAAGCUGGCAGAGAUCAUGAACAGAAAGGAGGUCAGAGGUGGUGGCAGCCGCCGUGGAAAUGAUACAGACGUGAGGAGGAAGGAGAAAGAAAACAGGAAGCUGCAGCUGGAGCUUCGUUCAGAAAGAGAGAAGCUCAACAGCACAAUCAUCAAAUACCAGAGAGAGAUCAACGACAUACAAGCGCAACUGUUGGAUGAGUCUCAGGUGCGCAUUGAGCUUCAGAUGGCUCUGGACAGUAAAGACAGUGAUAUUGAGCAGCUGCGGAGUCUGCUGAACUCACUCAACGUUCAGUCGCUGGACUCGGCCAGUAUGAGCAGCGGUCCAGACAUGGACACAGAUGAGUCUUUGCUUGAGAUCAGAUUGGAGGGUUGGCUGUCUUUACCUGUCAGAAACAACACCAAACGCUUUGGAUGGGAAAGAAAGUAUGUUGUGGUGAGCAGCAAGAAGAUCCUCUUUUACAACAGCGAACAGGACAAAGAGCACUCCAACCCGUACAUGGUGUUGGACAUAGAUAAACUUUUCCAUGUGCGCUCUGUAACCCAGACGGAUGUUUAUCGCGCUGACGCCAAAGAAAUCCCCAGAAUAUUCCAGAUUUUGUAUGCUAACGAGGGCGAGAGCAAGAAAGAGCAGGAACUGGAGCCUCUUCCAGGUGACAAGUCAAGCUACAUUUGCCAUAAGGGUCACGAGUUCAUCCCCACCCUCUAUCACUUCCCCACCAACUGUGAAGCCUGUACCAAACCCCUGUGGAACAUGUUUAAGCCACCGCCUGCCCUCGAAUGCAGACGAUGCCACAUCAAGUGCCACAAAGACCACAUGGAUAAGAAGGAGGAAGUCAUCGCGCCCUGCAGAGUCGACAUGUCUACAGCUAAGAAUCUGCUGCUGUUAGCUUCGUCUCAGGAGGACCAGCAGAAGUGGGUUAGCCGUCUAAUGAAGAAAAUCCCCAAAAAACCUCCAGCCCCAGACGCCCCUCACCGCUCCUCUCCUAGAGUCCCUGUCAAAGUACAAAGCAGUCAAUCCAUGAGGAGACCCAGUCGGCAGAUACCCGCCGGCAAACCCAGUUAACCUUGUAUUGGGAUUCUGGUGCUGCUACAUGGUGAUUUGGGGGUUCUUCCUGUCACACCAACACAAGACCUUUGUCGUAAACUUUUUCGCACAUUUUGGCAAAUCCAAAAAGAGUGAGAGAUGCACAAAUGUUGAUGAAGGCUUUGCUGUGGUGAUUUGGCUUUUAUUCUCGGGGUUGCUUCAACUUGAAGAGCACAACAGAACUGAAAGCUCGACGUCGCACCAAACUUAACGCAAAGACUGAACCCACUGGAGCGACUAACCGACCGGACAAUGUGGACGACAGCUGGUUUGUUUGUUUUUCGGGUGGACUGUAAUGGCUGAAUAUAGACGGUAGAGCAACACACCACAUAAACGGCUAGAAAACACCACUACAUAUGUUUCUCAUAAGCGCAACUGUAGUGUUAUUCCUCCUGUAGUGUUUUAUUUUUACCUUUGUUUACCCCCACUGUGUUGAUCAAAGCUUGAUUUAACCCUCGUAAAUGCAUCCCAUAAUGCUCUCCCGCUCACGCUGUGUCGUAUGAGUUGAAUGUAAUAAACAGGACAAGACGGCUAAAUCGAGAAGUGAGCUGUACGUGUGGACAGAAGUUUUACAAACAUUUCUAACAGCUGAUCUUCAGUCAGUUUUUGUUGGCCAGUCAUGAUUUAAUUCAGCUGUUAAAAGUUGAAAUGGCGAGUUUCAUGCUGCAGUUUCAGCUAACGUCAUCUUGCAAGCACAUAAUGUUCAUAAGACAGUGGAAUGUGUGUAAAACCAUGUUUAAUUUCACUACAAGUAUUUGUGUCCGUUUGUGUGUGAUAUUUGAUUUUCUUUUUUGUGUUUGUGAGUGGGUGUCGUCACCCUAGCAAACAGUGUGUAUCUCUGGGUGUGCUGUGAAUGCAUAUCUGUGUUCUUCUACACGUUAUAUUAUAUAAGUAUAUAUAUAUAUUCUCAUAUAUAUGAGGAUAUACUGCGUAUAUGUGACCUGCCAUCUUACCAGUUGGUUUGCUAUUUAUACAGGUCUGGGCACUUUUUAUUUUGAUUUUAAAGCGCUGCCUCCAGAUUUGCAUGUUUUAUAUUGAUGUACUGUUUGACCAUAAGAUGAAAAGCAUAUGUAGCCGUGUUGUUUGGAGACCCUGUAUAACAUUUGCUUAUUUUUGUAAACAAAAGUAGUCAGUUAAAUAGAUAUAUAGCUGUGAAUGUAGUAGAAGGAAGUAAAGUUUUAAUAUAAA